ACUUUUGUGGUUGUCAAUAGACGUGGUGUUGUUGUCAAUUACUGGCAUAGGAAAGUUUGACAUUUCUCUACUGCUGAUAUCGGUGCUUGAAUAAGGCGGGUUUGACACUAUUUUGACUGGAUCAAAAUCUGCAAUUUUUAUGGUUUCUGUACUGGGUAUUUGACAUUUCAAAGUUAUUUCGCUGUUUCGUCCUCCUGUUUUACAUCACAAGCAUAUCAUUUGACUUUUGAAGGCCCUCUGGGAAAAAUGGAGGACAAUUGUGCAAUUAAGAAAGAUGUCACUGAGUUAAUAGGAAAUACCCCGAUGGUAUAUCUCAACAAUGUUGUGGAUGGCUGCGUAGCCCAAAUCGCUGCCAAGCUAGAAAUGAUGGAACCUCUUUCCAGUGUUAAAGACAGGAUUGGACAUAGCAUGAUCAAAGAUGCAGAAGAUAAGGGCCUUAUUACGCCAGGCAAGACCGUGCUCAUUGAGCCUACCAGUGGUAACACUGGCAUUGGAGUGGCAUUUAUUGCUGCAGUGAAGGGGUACAAGGCUAUCCUCGUAAUGCCAGCGACAAUGAGUCUUGAGAGAAGAAUUGUGCUGAGAGCUUUAGGAGCCGAGGUGUGCCUCACAGAUCCAGCAAAGGGCUUUCAAGGGGUUCUUGACAAGUCUGAUGAGAUUUUAAAUAAUACUCCCAAUGGCUAUAUGCUUCGGCAAUUUGAAAAUCCUGCCAAUCCACAGAUUCAUUAUGAAACCACAGGCCCAGAAAUAUGGAAGGACUCGAGAGGGAAAGUCGAUGCAUUUGUUGCUGGAAUAGGGACUGGUGGUACAGUAACUGGAGCUGGGAAGUUCCUUAAAGAGAAAAACCCAGAGAUUAAGGUGUAUGGUGUAGAACCAACAGAAAGUGCAGUCUUGAAUGGAGGAAAACCUGGUUCGCAUUGGAUCCAAGGGAUUGGUGCUGGUGUUGUCCCUCCUGUAUUGGAUGUUGACUUACUUGAUGAAGUUGUUCAAGUGUCAAGUGAGGAAGCCAUUAAAACUGCUAAACUGCUUGCCUUGAAUGAAGGUUUGCUGGUAGGGAUUUCAUCUGGUGCUGCAGCAGCUGCGGCAAUAAAGGUGGCAAAGAGGCCAGAAAAUGCUGGGAAACUCAUCGUCGUGAUUUUCCCCAGCGCUGGCGAGCGCUAUUUGUCUUCUGUGCUGUUUGAUUCCGUUAGGGAAGAGGCAGAAAAGAUGACCUAUGAUACUUGAGAUGCUACACAAAUUUUGGAGAACACUAACAAAUAAAGACAAAUGUUGUUAACAACAUUGUCUAAUCAAGGCCUAAGAUUGAAGGAUUUAAAGGCCAGAGACCAAGAUUGAGCAAGUUGUCAAUUCAAUGGGUUUUUCCUCUCAUUCUUGACUGUGUGUUCGAUUAGGGAAGCUUUAGGGAUUUUGUUUGUUGCUUUACCUCCUUGUCUUUGGUGUUUUUUUCCCAUUUAACAUCUUAGGAAGUAAAAACCUUUUCCUUGUACUAUUUCGUCCUCCAAUCUCAAAUGCAGAAUCUUUGUGUUUUUGUGUAGGUUGCUCUGGUUUCUUCUUCAGGAAUGUAUUGCUGUUUGGUAUGCCCAUGCGUCAUAUUAAAUAUUGCUGUUGCAUCGCCUA